CAGGUGGGGGUUAGGAUUGACAUGUCAAAAAAUUGUUAUGCUACAAGUACGUUAGGUACGAGACCCUGCGGAGACAUUGUGUGUUUAACUCUUAUUUUUUGUAUUCUUUGAAAUUUAAAUCCCAGGUGAAAUGCUAAGGCCUGUGAUUAGCAGUUUGCAGAGGUUUUCUAGAACAUUGCAUAUGUCCAAUCCAGCUUCUGCCAAAGUUGCAGUGGUCCUUUCUGGAUGUGGUGUAUACGAUGGAAGUGAAGUGCAUGAAGCAUCGGCAUGUCUUGUUCAUUUAAGUCGUGCUGGAGCAGAUGUAUCCAUGUUUGCACCAGACAUUGACCAAAUGCAUACUAUUGAUCAUACCAAAGGAGAACCUAUGAAAGUAAACAGAAAUGUUCUUGUUGAAUCGGCAAGAAUUGCAAGAGGAAACGUACAAGCCUUGUCUGAAAUCAAGCCAGACAGCUUCGAUGCCCUAGUUCUUCCAGGAGGAUUUGGAGCCGCAAAAAAUCUUUGUGAUUGGGCUGUAAAAAGCGAGAAAUGUACAGUGAAUAAAGAGGUUGAAUCAACGAUUAAAGCAUUUCACUCACAGAAAAAACCAAUCGGAUUUUCCUGUAUUGCUCCUGUACUUGCAGCAAAAUGCUUACCUAAUGUUGAAGUGACAGUUGGACAUACAGAAUCUGAAGGAGGCAAAUGGCCAUAUGCGGGUACAGCAGCUGGGAUAGAAACUUGUGGAGCGAGACACAUUGUCAAGGAAGUUACAGAAGCUUAUGUGGACACAGUGAACAAAGUUGUUACAACACCUGCAUUUAUGUAUGAUGGACCAGUUCAUAUGGUAUUUGAUGGAAUUGGUCAAAUGAUUUCAAAAGUCCUUGAGCUCACAAAGUGAACUAUCUUCAUCCGAAAAUAAAAGUUUUUGAUUCUUUAUGUUGAGAAAUAAACAUUGUGUUUUAUAUUUAGAAA